AUCUUUUUUUAUUUCACAUGUUUUGAUUUGAAAACUAUUCCCGAUUAAUAAAUUAAAAUUUCAUAUUAGGGCUCAGCUAAAUGGCGGAUAUUCAAAAGCAUUCAGUACACACACUUGUGUUUAGGUCAUUAAAGAGGAGUCAUGAUAUGUUUCUGUCAGAACAGUUGGCACCACUACCGAAGGAGGAAAGAUUAAAUAAAUUCAUUCUUGCUUAUAAGACAAAAGACAGUCACAAAAAUAUUACAGCAAAGAAAGACGAUGUCCCGAACAAUGUUGAUUUAACUGUGCAUAAUCAAGCUGCACCUGCAAUGUUUGGCAACCGAGCUUUAAUCAGUAUUGGUGAUCAGAACAUAAUUGUCCCGAAGAAAGCUCCCACCAUGCCCAAACCUACCUGGCAUGCUCCUUGGAAACUAUACAGGGUGAUAAGCGGACACGGGGGGUGGGUGAGGUGUGUUGAUGUCGAGCCAGGCAAUGAGUGGUUCGUCACUGGGUCAGCUGAUCGUAUCAUCAAGAUUUGGGACUUAGCGAAGGGCACGUUGAAGUUAUCGCUAACUGGGCACAUAAGUACGGUCCGUGGUGUCAUGGUAGGGAAAAACCAACCAUAUUUGUUCUCGUGUGGAGAGGAUAAACAGGUUAAGUGCUGGGAUCUGGAAUAUAACAAGGUUAUUCGACACUACCACGGCCACCUCAGUGCCGUAUACGGGCUGGACUUGCAUCCGACCAUCGACGUGCUGGUCACCUGUGGCAGGGAUGCCACUGCCAGGGUGUGGGACAUGAGGACGAAGGCACAAAUCCACUGCCUUUCUGGUCAUACCAAUACUGUCUCACAAGUCAAAUGUCAGGCUUCUGAACCUCAGGUAAUCACAUGCUCGAACGACUCAACGAUAAGGUACUGGGACCUGGUGGCCGGCCGAUCCAUCGUAACGUUAACCAACCACAAGAAGAGUGUCAGAGCCAUUGCUAUCCAUCCGACGUUAAAUAUGAUGGCUUCCGGAUCGCCGGACAACUUGAAACAAUGGAGGUUCCCCGAGGGUAACUUCGUUCAGAACGUCUCAGGCCACAAUGCCAUCAUCAACUGUCUGGCCAUCAAUAGAGAUAAUGUGAUGGUUUCCGGAGGUGACAACGGUUCCAUGUAUUUCUGGGAUUGGAAGUCAGCGUACAACUUUCAAAAGUAUCAAACCGCCAUUCAGCCUGGCUCGAUAGACUCGGAGGCAGGCAUCUUUGCCAUGACCUUCGACAAGAGCGAAAGCAGGCUGAUAACGUGCGAAGCUGACAAAACAAUUAAGAUAUACAAGGAGGAUGAAACAGCCUCCGAAGAAACCCAUCCUCUCAAUUGGAAGCCCGAGAUCAUCAAACGGAAAUAUUAAUUUUUUUAAAUUUUAUUCUAUGAAAUUGUUUCAAUUGGAUAGUGUCUUUUAUGAAUGAAAAAAUUAAUUAUUAAGUUAAUUAAUUAAUCAAUUAUUAAAUAAAACAAUAUUUUUUGAUUGUGAUAAUAAAACUUUUCAAGCCAACAAGGAAAAAUUUGCAUGUGAUUUGAUACUCGAUUCUUGGCCAACUUUUAAAACCGUUCAUACGAUCUUAAAAUGUCCUCGAUGACCGUUUUAUCAUUCCGCAUUUCAUUUCAAUUAGUUCAAAACAACCGUCUACCUUU